AUCAGCAGUAGGAGCAACAGCAGCGGCAACAGCAGCAACUUCAGCAGCAAUAUCAUCAUCAGCAGCAAUAUCAUCAGCAGCAUCAUCAUCAGCGGCGGUGGUGGUGAUCCCCAGCGUGGCGUGGUGACGACUCCGCGCCAAGGGGAUGGCUCGGCUGCCCCCGUUCAAGGGGUUCGGCUCGCUGAGGGAUCACCCCUUGUGGGACGACGCCCAGCAGCAGAUGUUCGCCGACUGGCCGAGCGGCUUCGACGACGCGACCUUUUGGGGCCCGGAAUUUGGGUUCGACUCCCUGCCCGAGUGGGCGCAGCAGAGGAGGAGCGCGGCUGGGAGAGGCGGCGCCGGCGCGGGGCCGAGCGAGGCACGGCGGCCCGGCUCCGGCGUCUCCGAGCACGACGAGGAUGCGGCUGAUCCCGAGCAGCAGCAGCAGCCCCGGGAGUGCGGCCGCCACUCCCCGUUCCCGCCCGAUUUCGGCCCCUCGCUAUGGGCGCGGCACGCUGCGAGCAGCCCCCAACCCCCGGGCCGACCCAUGACCCCCGACGAGGACCCCAUGGUCACCAGGUCGCGCUCGCCCGCUCACGGGCCGCUGCGCUCGAGGCUGCACGACGGCGCGCCGCACAAGCUGCACCCCUCUUCCUUCCCGUCGCUGCGACGGAGCGACGUGUGGCCGGACGAGGUCGGCGGCAGGGGGGCGGCGGCGGCCUUCAAGGGGGCCCGCAGCAGCAGCCCCAUGGAGACCGACGGGGCCUCGGGGAGCUGCGGGAGGGCGUCGGAGAGGGUGGUGCCGAUCCGCGUGCUGGGACGGCGCCAGGCGUCGCCUCCGGUCGCGCGCUCGCCCGUGGGAGCCGCCGACGGGAGGAACGUGGCGGGCGAGAGCAUGGAGACCGAGGGAGCGGACGUGCCGGCGGGGCGGGCACAGGCGGCGGAGAAGACUGACGGCGGCGGGGACGGCGGCGGCGACAGCGGCGGCGACAGCGGCGGGGACAGCAGGGAGAGAGGAGCGCGGUGGGCGGUGGAUGCCAUGCACCUGGCCAGGCAGCCCCAGGCCCACACUGCUCUCCACUCCAAAGUCCGGGCCCAGCCCGCGGAGGACGCCGAGGGAGCGGUGGACAGGUGCCUGGCCGACGGCGUGGCACAGCCGGAGGUGGGGAUGAGGGUGGAAGCGGUGGCACCGAUUCCACUGCCGCCGCCGCCGCCGCAGCAACUGAAGCAGCAGCAACAGCCGGCGCCCAGCUCUGACGUGGGCACCGGGCAGCGUGAAGCGACGCCGCCACCGCCGCCACCGCCCCUACCGCAGGCCUGGCUGGUCCCUGGGCCUGCUGCCAAGGUGGCGCCCGUGGGCAAAGUGGCUCCCGCUGGUGCCUCAGCAGCCAAGGUGGCCUCGGCGGUGAAGGCUGCCGCAGCUGCCAAAAUAGCGCCGGCAGCGCAGGCGGCGCCCGUGGUCAAAGUGGCCUCGCCGGGGCCCGGCGUGGCGUCCGUCCCGCAGACUGGCCUGCUGCCACCCGAGCAAGUGGCAUCCAAGCAGAGAGUGCCUGAAUAUGCAGUGCCUGAGCAGCAGAUGCCUCAGCAGCAGAUGCCUCAGCAGCAGAUGCCUGAGCAGCAGAUGCCUGAGCAGCAGAUGGCUCAGCAGCAGAUGCCUCAGCAGCAGAUGCCUCAGCAGCAGAUGCCUCAGCAGCAGAUGCCUGAGCAGCAGAUGGCUCGGCAGCAGAUGCCUCAGCAGCAGAUGCCUCAGCAGCAGAUGGCUCAGCAGCAGAUGGCUCAGCAGCAGAUGGCUCAGCAGCAGAUGGCUCAGCAGCAGAUGCCUCAGCAGCAGAUGGCUCAGCAGCAGAUGGCUCAGCAGCAGAUGGCUCAGCAGCAGAUGGCUCAGCAGCAGAUGCCUCAGCAGCAGAUGCCUCAGCAGCAGAUGGCUCAGCAGCAGAUGGCUCAGCAGCAGAUGCCUCAACAGAAGAUGCCUCAACAGAAGAUGCCUCAACAGAAGAUGCCUCAACAGCAGAUGCCUCAACAGAAGAUGCCUCAGCAGCAGAUGCCUCAGCAGCAGAUGCCUCAGCAGCAGAUGCCUCAGCAGCAGAUGCCUCAGCAGCAGAUGCCCGAGCAGAAGAUUCCUCAAAAAAUGCCCGAGCAGCAGAUGCCUCAACAGAAGAUGCCUCAGCAGCAGAUGCCUCAACAGAAGAUGCCUCAGCAGCAGAUGCCUCAACAGAAGAUGCCUCAGCAGCAGAUGCCUCAGCAGCAGAUGCCUCAACAGAAGAUGCCUCAGCAGCAGAUGCCUCAGCAGCAGAUGCCUCAGCAGCAGAUGCCUCAGCAGAAGACGCCCGAGCAGAAGACGCCCGAGCAGAACGCGCCCGAGAAGAUAGCUCCUGAGCAGAAGCUUCCCGAGCAGAAGAUGCCGGAGCACCCGGGCUUGCGGCGGAUCGCGGAGGUGGAGGCGGCGGCGCAGCGUCUGGAGCGCGACGUGGAGGCCUUCUCGGGCCGGCGCGGCGAGCGCAGCUUCCUGCUGCUCGAGGAGCUGCUCACCAAGGAGCUGCUGCGGCUCGACUCGGUGGAGCCGGCGGGCGACGAGGCGGUGCGGCGCGCUCGCAAGGAGGGCGUCCGUCGCGUGCAGCGCGCCCUCGACGCGCUCGAGCGGCGCGCGGCCGCCGCGGAGUCCCCCGGCGGCGGCGCCGGCGGGCGGAACGGCGAAGCGGAGAUGGCGGCGGCCGGCGACGGCGCCGUGACGGCCGAGCGGAGCCCCCGGGGGGAGUCGCGCGGGGUGGCCCCGGAGGCGGCGGGGAGCGCCGGCGCGGCUGCAGCGGAGCCCAUGGACGUUUGGUGCGCGGGCGGUGGCGGCGGCGGCGGUGGCGGCGGCGGCGGCGGCGGCGGCGGCUCCGAGCGCGACGACGAUUCCAUGCGGAUCUCAAACGUGGACUUGGACGGAGGCGGUGGCGGCACGGGGAGCAGCGCGCAGGCCCGGGCAGGGACGGCAUCCCACGGAGCGGUUUAAGGGAUAAUGGACGAAGGUGGGGGGGGGGGGGGGGUGCUUUGGUGACCACAUCGCAGGCUGUGGGGCUCAAUCUCGGCGUAGGUGCGAGGCUGUCGAUUACAAUGCUGGCUUAGUUCCGCGCUGCCACCAAACACACCAACGGUGGCAUUGUGGGAAGCACUGUACUGUCUUAUGCAAUCAAAUGUAAAUUAAUGCAAUUUGACCUCGCACUACGGCGUUAAACGGUUUCUGUUCCUCGGCAGAUCUGAGAAAUAACGUUGGAUUUUUACUAAAUUGCCAACCCUUAUUUCACAAAUGAUGAGAUCAGAGGGUGUUGUAAGGCCGACUGUUCAGGCUUGCUUUGGUAAUUACUACCCUUAAGUCACUAAGUAAUGUGAGAAUGUCAUGGCUCAGGAGUCUGAGCAAACAGCUGAUAAUCCUGGAUUAAAAUCCAGGUAGCCACUUACAGUGAGGGAAAAAAAGUAUUUGAUCCCCUGCUGAUUUUGUACGUUUGCCCACUGACAAAGACAUGAUCAGUCUAUAAUUUUAAUGGUAGGUUUAUUUGAACAGUGAGAGACAGAAUAACAA